AUGGAGAGUAAUAAAAUACGUGCACAAAGGGCAGAUUAUCUUAUGGAAAUUGAAAAACAUAGGGAGAAUGAUUUUAAAAUUUAUUAUACCGAUGAGACUUGGUGCGGAAAAAACCAUACACGUCAAUUUGGUUGGAUAGAAAAAAUCUCAGAGAAAGAUUUUUCAAAUUUUGAUCAAUAUCGAGGAUCAGUUCAAGAAAUUGACGGAUUUCGUGGUGGAUUUGUGAAACCGUCAGGAGCAGGAAAAAGAAUUAUAAUUCUUCAUAUUGGAAGUUCUGAUGGCUUUUUACCGAACGGUAUGAAUUGUUUCAUUGCAAAAAAAGACUCAGCAGACUAUCAUAAUGAAAUGAAUUCACAACAUUAUGAAGAAUGGUUUCGUACAAUUUUAAAUUUAAUCCCUUCAAAGUCAGUGAUAGUUUUGGACCAAGCAACCUAUCACACAACAAUCGAUCCUGAAUUUCGGAACCCAACAACAGCAUGGAGAAAAGAUGAUAUAAUAGAAUGGGCUGAGAAUCGCAAAGUUCCUCUGCCAGAAGGAAGAUUAACGUAUUAUUCCCUUACAAAACCACAAUUAAUUGAGCGAUGUCGUCCGUACCAUUUCCCGAAAAUAUAUAAAUUAGACACUAUUACAAAAGAAAUUCGUGGUGAUGAAGUUAAGCUACUUUGGUUACCAGUUGCACACUGCGAAUUCAAUCCGAUAGAGCUAAUUUGGGCAUUUGUUAAGAAUUAUGUAGCGAAGCACAAUACAACUUUUAAAUUGCAAGAUGUCUAUAACUUGUGUGUGCAUGCAAUGGAGAAUGUUCCUGAAGAUUUGUGGUCAAAGUGUUGUAAUCAUUCCUUAAAAGAAGAAAAUAAAUACAGAGAAUCAGAAUCAAUAGUACAGCACAAUGUUGAUAAUAUCAUAAUUCAAGUAAGAGCAAACGAUAGUGACACAGAUAGCUACAAUAGUAGCGAAAAUGAGGAUUUAGAAGAAUAUUAAAAUGUUUCUAAUGGUAAUGGUACAGCAGCAUUGGAAACCUAUAAUGCACGAGCACAUUUUAUUUAACAUAAUACGUUCAAUGGCUGUUCAGUAAUUUUAUU